GGAUAAAACCCGAGUCAAAACCAUCGAAGAACUGGUUUUGAUUAGUUAAGAGAUGCCGGAUGUUUGGUUUUUCGGUCGGGGACAAUUUUGUAACUCGAUGACAAGCUGAGGGACCUUCGGUGUACUUUUCCCCAGAAUUUACCAUCCGCAAUUAAUACGGGCUUCGUAUUGGCCCAAUUGUUCGUCUCGGGCCAGUAAACACACUAAACGAACCGCGGCCCAUGAUAUUUCAACGGUCCAGAUUGAUCGAACAUACUAGUAGUAAUAAGUCGAUGCCAUUUGAAUAGUCAUCUCCUCCAAAACCCUAACCCCUCCACUUUCUCUUCUCGCGCCGGCGCCAUGACGCUCCUCGCCGCCAUCACCAAUCCCUCCGCCGCCGCCGCCGCCGCCGCCGUCGCGGCGAACCCCAUCGUCCUCACUCCCGGCGCCGCUCCGCCACCGCCGACCUCCUCCGCGCUCCCCACCCAGAUCCCGCCCUCCGACUGGUCCCUCUCCCCCGCCGACCCCGCCCUCGCCACCGCCGCCUCCUUCCUCUCCACCUCCCUCUCCUCCACCUCCGUCUCCCUCCCGCGCUUCCGCUCCCUCCUCGCCUCCUUCCUCACCACCCUCUCCAACUCCCUCUCCCUCCCCGCCCCCUCCCCCAACCUCCCACAAGCCAUCCGCUCCGUCUCCCCCUACUUCCCCGCCGCCCUCGCCUCCCCCGUCGCCUCCCGAGCGGCGAGCCUCGCUGAGUACGACGUCCUCCUCGCCCUCGCCGAGUGCGGCCUCCUCCGCCACCCCCCGCCGAGCCUCCUUUCCUCGCUCUCCGAGGCCGACCGCCCCGAGCUCGUCUGCGCCGUGGUCCGACAGGCCGCCGACCUCCGCUCCUCCGAGCUGCUCGCGACGCUCCGCUGCUUCCUCUCGCCGGCCUCCGAUGCCGCCUACGACGCCAUGAUGAGUGUCAAGAACCGGUGGAAGGAAGCCGCGGUGCUAGCGGUCAACAGGUGCAAGGAGAAGGGCGCGGGGAAGAAGGUCGAUGCCAUGGCGAGGCAGGCGGCGCUGCUGCUCAUGAUGGGAUACGAUGGGUUCACCUCACCGGAGGUGUGCCUGCAUUACCUGUUUGCGUCUGAGAAUGUGGACUCUGUGGUCUUCGGCGCAGCCGUAUCGGAGCUGGAUGGUGGGGAGGUGGUCAGGCUGAUGAAGUACCUCACCAAGUGGAUAGGGAAAUACCAGAGGUUCCCAGAGGCGCAGGCAUGCCCAGAGGCUGUGGGAAUGCCAGGGCUGGAGCUGUGUGACAUUGUGCCCUCAUUUCGGGUGGUGGCUGGGGCGCUAGGAUUGGUGUUUGACCAGCACUUCUCGCACCUAGCGCUGAAUGCAGAGUUGAAGGAGGAUUUGAAGGCCGCGGAGAUGAUGGUGAAACAGCUGGCCACAGAAGCUGAAUCUGCAGGGCCUAUCCUGGACUUGCUUCGACGUAUGCAGCAAGAUGUGUUUAAGCUUGACAGUAUUACCUCUGGUAUCUUUUUAGUGUAAAAUGGUGCCCAUUUUUAAUUAUGAGGUUACAUGUCUUAAGUAAUGCUCAAAUAUUCUGACCUUCUUGUAAAUUUACUUUGAAUUGGACACACCCAUGUGUAAGAUGUGAAAUGCUGGAUUCACAUUUUUUGAAGUACAAAAGAAAAAGGUGCAUGCACUGGGAGCCUGCCUCAUGCCUAUUGACCAAUUUAAACGACAGUGAAGACGAGAGUGCAACAGAUGACUGGUGCCAUAGGCAGUAGAAAAAGGAAGAGAAAUGGAGCAUACCAGCCAAAGUUGAAGACGUUCUCAACCAAGCGGGCUAUCUUGGGAUAGCAGAAUAGCUGCCAAAGUUGAAGACGUUGUCAAAACAAGCGGCUAUCUUUGUGUUUUCUGGUCCCAAGGUAUGAUACUCCAGCUCUCCUGUUUACCCCAUCUUAGAAAAAGGAAAAAUGUCAUCUUUUGCAUAUUGAAAGUGGUAGGUAAGGCAGUUCAAUCUUCAAUCUUCCCAAAACGAGCUCAAGCUUCCUAAAAGUUUCUUUUUAUUAAAGAAGUAAACUUUCCAUUUAUGUUCAUCUGAGAAAAUUCUAUACAAUUAGUUAGUGCCUCGAGUACAUUUUAGUUUGAUGCGUCACUUCUUUUGCUUCAGUUAGCAACUAAGCUCGCUGAUAUUAUCUAGGUCUCAUGGAUUAUUAAAUUGUUUUUGGUUGUUGGCUAGCUGGGUUUGCAAUCGUCCCCUUCCCCAGUUUAGAUAUAUGGGGUAUACUUUGUGAGAUUUUCUCUCAUCCUUUGAGAUGUAUGUACCUCAUCCUUGAGAUAUACCUCUCCAUAAAAAGAGGUACCAAAAUUAAUCUAACAGGUUGGAAAAGGAUUGAAAACUUAUCUUUAUAAAUAUUUCAGACUUUUUUUUUUUACAUUUUCUAGCGGUAUAGAUAUUUGAUUAAGAGGUAUAUACCUCAGGACUAACACUAUAACACUAUGAGGUAUAUGUACCUCUCUAUACCUCAGAACGACUAGAAAAGUCUUGCCAGUGCUAAUCAUAAACUUGUUUUCUAAUCAGUUAAACCGGUAUAAUUUUUUACCUCUCAAAUUGUGAGGUAUAUACCUCUCCCAGAAUGAAAGAAAACCUCAUAUUUUGUUGGAUGAUGUGCUCUGAAUCCUGAAGAUCUCCUCGUUGACGAAUUUUGAAGUGAUGCUUGCAUCUUAGGCAAAGUAAUGUUUGACAACAUGAGUCGUGCCCAAGCCACUAUAGUCUAAUGCACUGUCCUGCGUCCACACUUAUGCCAUGACUGACAUACUGAAUGCUAGUAUUGCACAUUCUAGUAUUGUUAUUGUGUCAUAGUAGUGCUAUGGUGCUGAAAUUUAAAGCCACUUAUCUUAGCAAGAACUCAGUGUAUCAACAUUAACAAAAAAAGAGAGCUAUAUUCCAUCCUCUAAAAAAAAAAAAUGCCUGAUGGAAUACUUGGUAGGUAGCUCUGCCGUGUGCCAACUCUUGUGUGUGGAGUAGUUUUGACCAUUUCUUGCAUUCUUGGAUGGCAAGUUUGUCGCAUCAUCCAAGGGUAUCUUGAAGUGCGCAAAGUGAAGCUGUGAUUCAAGUAUGCCUUGGAUCUGAUGAGAAUGCAUCGACACGUGUGCCUGGUGCUUCCAUUAUUCUCUGUGCAGCUUCAUUCGCUGAAUGUGGCUGACUAGUUGCUCAUGAGUACUCAUGACAUGGUCUCAUAGUAUGAGAUAAAAGCCUCUUCAAAGUCACUAAUGGCCCAUUAAUCAUGCUGUUUGCAAGAGGUUGCGGCAGAUAAGUACAUUGUAGAAAUGUUUUUGUAGUGGCAUGGAAAAGGCAUUGCAUUCUUUUCUUCCCCUUUUGAUUAAAAGAAUAUUUGAAAGCAAUUGGAGUAUUGGACAUUGCUGGUGAGCCAGAAGGACACCUUUACCAAUUACCACCACCCAAAAUGAGCUUCUUUUUUUUGUAAGUAGCCUUUAUUCCUUCUUCCCCUCUUGAUGAAUGCUUCCCUUCUGUUCUUUUAGACCUCCUCCUGCUGCUGCAGCAGCAGCAAUGGCGUGAAACUUCGCGGCAACGGCACUGCACGGCCACCGAAUCUGAUCACUGAACAGUGCCAGUGAGCUGCAUAGUAGCUUGGUGAUCUUGCUUGUUCACCUUUUAUCAUCUCAACGAAUCUGAGCAGAAGUGCUUUCUGAGUUACUGUCAUGCAUCCUAUCCUCAGGUUAAAUAAAAGGGAGAUCGCAUGAUGAUUCUUGUUUGUGCCGGUAGAAAGUUGUUCGUUUAAUUUCCAAGAUUUGUAGGUGGUGAAGUGUGAACCAAGGCCACCGCAAUUUCGGUCCUAGCCGUUGGCAUGCAUGUAACUAUAUGUAACAAACUAUCAAUGUGCUUUUGCUCAUAUUUCCUACUCAAUUGGCUUCUAGCCUAUCUAGCUGCCUGGCUGCCAA